AUGGCCGACGAAAUAGCUCGCGUGCAACAGUACGAGUAUCGACAGAAUAGUAACCUUGUGCUGCAAGUCGAUUUCAAUUUCACAGAUCGUCGUGGUCGCGAUGAACCUACCGGUGAAGUUAUGCCACUCACUAAGGAGGUUUUGGCUGGUGUUAAAAUGGGCGACAAGUAUCAGCGAGCCAAAGCACCUGCAAUUGAUACUAAAAAAGCAAGAAAAAAAAAGCGAACUGAUGCAAGUGUCACAGGGAAUAGUACGACUUCGCACACUUUGUUGGGAGAUUCAAAUACGGAACUGAUGGGCUUGUACAAGCCAAGAACGCAAGAAACAAGGCAAACCUAUGAAGCAAUAUUGGCUUAUAUACAAGAUGCCAUCGGAGAUCAGCCACGCGAUAUUCUGUGUGGUGCAGCUGAUGAAGUCUUAGCAGUAUUGAAGUCAGACAAAAUUCGUGAGAAAGAUCGUAAGAAGGAAGUAGAACUUCUUCUUGGAUUGUUGACGGAUGAAAGAAUAGCUGUAUUGAUUAAUCUUGCCAAGAAAAUAACAGAUUUUUCAGUCGAUGACGAAAAAGGGAAAUUUGACAAUCAAGAUGAAAUAGAUGAAACAAUCGGUGUAAAUGUACAGUUCGAUGAUUCUGAUGAGGAAGCUGAGGGCGACGAAGGUAUGGAGGAAGAAGUAAAAGAAGAAGGUUCAGCUGGGGAAGAUGAAGGUGGUGUUGAAGCUGUUUUUGAAGAAACACUUAAGGCUCGAUAUGUUGAUGAGGACGAUGAGAAUGCGGGUGGUGAACGAAAAGGAAAUCUGCAUGCUCGCGAUAUAGAUGCGCAUUGGAUUCAGCGGUCACUCUCAAAAUUUUACAAAGAUCCAAUUGUGGCACAGCAGAAAGUUAAUGAAGUGCUGCAAGUUUUGAAGGAGGCAUCCGAUGACCGUGAUUGUGAGAAUCAGCUGGUAUUAUUGCUUGGUUUUGAUCAGUUUGAAUUUAUCAAAGUGCUUCGCCAGCAUCGCCAGAUGAUUCUGUACUGUACUCUCUUGAAACAGGCACAAGAAGGUAAAGAAAGGGAAAAUAUCGAGAAAGAAAUGCUGAGCCGGCCGGAAUUACAUCAUAUUCUUGCUGAACUUCACGAGACAGAAAGUGCAGAUACAGUUGAGGCCGAACGGGAAAAGCGUGCACGAGUACAGCAGCAGCGAAGAAUAGCUGAAGCUGAAGGGGGUAAUGAUGAGGGAACAGCAGUGGGUAACUGGUUACAAUCACGUAAAGUGCUUGAUUUGGAUGACCUUGCCUUCUCACAAGGCUCACAUUUAAUGAGCAAUAAGCGUUGUCAUUUGCCAGAUGGCUCGUACCGUAAGCAGAAAAAAAGUUAUGAAGAAGUUCAUGUACCGGCGCUUAAACCAAAGCCAUUCGAGGAAAAUGAGAAACUGGUUGCAAUAACGGACUUGCCAAAAUAUGCACAGCCAGCUUUCGAAGGAUUCAAGACACUUAAUCGAGUCCAGUCGAGACUAUGCGAUUCUGCUUUAAAAUCUGAUGAACACUUGCUUUUAUGUGCACCUACGGGCGCUGGUAAAACAAAUGUUGCUUUACUGUGCAUUUUGCGCGAGAUAUCAAAACAUAUGAAUGCUGAUGGGAGCAUACGAAUAGAUGAAUUUAAAUGCAUCUACAUUGCUCCAAUGAAAUCAUUAGUACAGGAAAUGGUCGGAACUUUCACAAAACGCUUAGCACCUUACAAAAUUGCUGUUGGUGAAAUGACUGGUGAUCAGCAGAUGAACAAGGAACAAUUCAUGCAAACUCAAGUGAUUGUUUGCACGCCUGAGAAAUACGAUAUUGUGACUCGUAAAGGUGGCGAACGUGCAUACAGUCAGUUAGUUGCACUGUUAAUUAUUGAUGAAAUUCAUCUUUUGCACGACAACCGCGGACCAGUGCUAGAAGCCAUUGUCGUAAGAACUCUACGACAAAUGGAACAAAACCAUGAAGAAUGUCGUUUAGUCGGACUUUCAGCAACUUUACCAAACUAUCAAGAUGUUGGAACAUUCCUGCGAGUGAAGCCGCAAAAUUUGUUUUUCUUUGAUAACAGCUUUAGACCUGUUCCGCUUGAACAGCAGUAUAUCGGUAUUACGGAGAAGAAAGCGUUAAAACGAUAUCAAGCAAUGAAUGAAGUCGUUUAUGACAAAGUAAUGGAGUAUGCGGGAAAGAGCCAGGUUCUAAUUUUUGUACACUCACGGAAGGAAACAGCGAAAACAGCAAAGGCUAUACGUGAUGCCUGUCUUGAAAAGGAUACUUUAAGUGCAUUCAUGCGAGAGGGUAGUGCAAGUACUGAAAUUCUCCGGAGUGAAGCAUCGCAGGUGGCAAAUGCGGAUUUGAGGGACUUGAUUCCUUAUGGUUUUGCAAUUCAUCAUGCAGGUAUGACUCGCGUUGACCGUACCCUUGUUGAGGACUUGUUCGCCGAUCGCCACUUGCAGGUACUUGUUUCAACAGCUACUCUGGCCUGGGGUGUUAACUUACCAGCUCAUACCGUGAUCAUCAAAGGAACACAAAUUUACAGUCCAGAAAUUGGACGUUGGACUGAAUUGGGAGCUUUAGAUGUUAUGCAGAUGCUUGGACGUGCUGGUCGACCUCAGUAUGAUUCGAAAGGCAAGGGUAUUAUGAUAACGCAUCACUCCGAGUUGCAAUACUAUUUAUCACUCAUGAAUCAACAGUUGCCGAUCGAAAGUCAGUUAAUCUCAAAAUUAGCUGAUACGCUAAACGCCGAAAUAGUAUUGGGAACUAUCAACAAUGUCAGUGAUGCUAUGAAUUGGUUGGGCUAUACAUAUUUGUAUGUUCGCAUGGUUAAGUCACCAACACUGUAUGGGAUUUCACAUGAACAAACGAAACUGGAUCCUUUACUGGAACAGCGUCGUGCAGAUCUGAUUCAUACAGCUGCAGCACAAUUGGAUAAAGCUAGUCUUAUCAAAUAUGAUCGUAGAAGUGGACUUAUCCAAGCAACCGAAUUGGGUCGCAUUGCUUCUCACUUUUAUUGCACUCAUGAUACGAUGCAAACAUAUAAUCAGCUGUUGAAGGCAACAGCAACUGAAAUUGACUUGUUUCGUAUAUUUUCAAUGUCAUCAGAAUUCCGGAAUAUCAUGGUCCGUGAAGAGGAGAAGCUAGAGUUACAGAAACUGGCUGAACAUGUUCCAGUUCCAAUCAAAGAAAGUUUAGAAGAGAGCAGUGCGAAAGUUAAUGUACUUCUACAGGCUUACAUCUCACAACUGAAGUUGGAAGGGUUCGCGCUUCAAAGUGAUAUGGUAUUUAUUAGUCAGUCGGCAGGACGACUGUUUCGAGCACUGUUUGAAAUCGUAUUAUGGAGAGGUUGGGCUCAUCUCGCACAGAAAGUUCUUGGCGUUUGCAAAAUGAUAAGUGCUCGACAGUGGCAGUCACUUAAUCCUCUUCACCAAUUCAAAAAAAUACCCUCAGAAGUUGUACGAAGCAUCGAUAAGAAGAACCUUUCAUUUGAACGCUUAUAUGAUCUUGACCAACAUCAGCUGGGCGAGCUGGUGAAAAUGCCAAAAAUGGGGAAGCCCUUGUACAAAUUCAUCCGCCAGUUACCGAAAUUAGAUAUGACAGCAUUAAUCCAACCGAUAACGCGAUCGACUUUAAGAAUUGAACUGACAAUUACUCCCGAUUUUCUGUGGGAUGCUCGUGUACAUGGAACGGCUGAAGGAUUUUGGAUAUUUGUUGAAGAUGUUGAUGGAGAGCUGAUUCUACAUCAUGAAUAUUUCCUUUUGAAGCAGAAGUUUUGCGAAGAUGAACAUUUGGUAAAGAUGUUCGUACCGGUCUUCGAUCCGCUGCCGCCAUUAUAUUUUAUACGCAUAGUUUCCGAUCGUUGGCUUGGUAGUGAAACUGUUUUGCCGAUAUCUUUUCGACACUUGAUUUUGCCCGAGAAAUAUCCACCGCCAACCGAAUUACUGGAUUUGCAACCAUUACCUUUAUCAGCCUUGAACAGCAAGCUUUUCCAGUCAGUAUUCGAACAAAAAAACAUCUCAGUAUUCAAUCCCAUUCAAACACAAGUUUUUCGAACGGUUUAUGAAGGUAACGAUAAUGUAUUUAUUGGUGCACCACAUGGAAGUGGUAAAACUGUUUGUGCCGAGUUCGCUAUUCUUAGACACUUUGAUAAUAGGCCUGACGCGAAAGCUGUUUAUGUGACGCCAAUGGAAGAUUUAGCUGAAAAAAAGUUCACCGACUGGCAGGACCGAAUUGGAACUGCACUAGAAAAAACAGUUGUUAUGUUAACGGGUGAGCCAUCGACUGAUCUGAAGUUACUACAGCGAGGACAGUUGAUCAUAGCAACACCAGAAAAGUGGGACAAUGUUAGUAGACGUUGGAAACAGCGAAAGAAUGUUCAAGCUGUGCGGUUAUUUAUUGUUGACGAUCUUCAUAUGAUUGGAGGCAGUAAUGGGCCGGUACUGGAAGUAAUUUGCUCACGCAUGCGUUACAUGUCGUCACAGCUGGAUUCAACAGUUCGAAUUGUUGCUCUUUCAUCAUCACUAGCUAAUGCCAGAGACGUUGGACAGUGGCUUGGUUGUUCUUCACAGGCUACUUUUAAUUUUGCACCAAAUUGUCGACCUCUUUCUCUAGAACUUUUUAUACAAGGUUUUAACUUAUCUCACACUGCUUCUCGGCUGGCUGCAAUGGCACGACCGGUUUAUGCAGCAGUCGUCCGACAUGGUGGCAAGUUGCGUCCACGCCCUGCACUCGUUUUUGUGCCUAGUAGACGGCAGUCGAGAUCAACUGCUGUCGAUAUGCUUACAAUGGCACAUGCUGAUGGACAGUCGAAGCGGUUUUUGCAUAUUAAUCCACAAGAACCAAGUUUUAUUCGAUUGCUCGAUAAUGUUCAGGAUAAAACUCUAAAAGAAACAUUAUCUUGUGGAGUAGGUUUUCUACAUGAAGGUACAGGUGUUAGAGAUAUGGCCGUUGUGGAACAGCUUUUUCAAAGUGGCGCAAUUCAGGUAUGCAUCGUUCCGCGCACGAUGUGCUAUCAAAUUUCCAUGAGUGCGUAUGUCGUAAUCAUUAUGGACACACAAUUUUAUAAUGGAAAGUACCAUGUCUAUGAAGAUUAUCCAAUAGGCGACGUUUUGCACAUGGUUGGACUAGCGAAUAGACCCGGGAUUGAUGACGAUGCAAAAUGUGUCCUCAUGUGUCAGUCUUCUAAAAAGGAUUUUUUCAAAAAGUUCCUUUAUGAACCACUUCCUGUUGAGUCACAUUUGGAUCAUUGUCUUCAUGAUCACUUUAAUGCCGAAAUUGUGACUAAAACAAUCGAAAAUAAACAGGACGCAAUCGACUACCUUACAUGGACUCUGUUAUAUCGACGUAUGACACAGAAUCCAAAUUAUUACAAUUUGCAAGGUGUGACGCAUCGUCAUUUAUCAGACAGUCUUUCCGAACUAGUAGAAAAUACGCUGAAAGAUCUGGAAAAUUCGAAAUGCAUUACAAUCAAGAACGAUAUGGACACACAGCCACUUAAUUUAGGAAUGAUUGCAGCCUACUACUACAUAAGUUAUACAACAAUCGAAGUAUUCAGCAUGUCUUUGAGUGCGAAAACUAAGCUGCGAGCUCUUAUUGAAAUUAUCAGUAAUGCAAGUGAAUUUGCAAAUAUGCCUAUACGUUACAAAGAAGAUAUUUUGUUGAAACAACUGGCUGACCGAUUAUCAAGCCAGCAGAAACACCAGAAAUUUACAGAUCCACAUGUUAAGGUCAAUUUAUUAAUGAAUGCUCACUUGGCUCGAAUACAAUUGUCAGCUGAACUGAAUAAAGAUACAGAAGUUAUCAUUCUUAGAGCAAUCCGUCUAGUGCAAGCAUGUGUUGAUGUUUUAAGCAGCAAUGGUUGGUUAAUGCCUGCAAUUCAUGCAAUGGAACUGUCACAAAUGUUAACACAAGCGAUGUUCACCAGUGAAUCAUAUUUGAAACAACUACCCCAUUGCUCAACUUCAUUACUUGAACGAUGCAAAGAAAAAAAAAUAUCAUCAAUAUUUGAUUUACUGGAUUUGGAAGAUGACGUCCGACAGACACUUUUACAAAUGACUCCAGCAGAAAUGUCGGAUGUUGCUCGUUUUUGCAAUCAUUAUCCUAGCAUUGAAGUUGAACACAAAAUUGAAAAUAAUGGAACCAUUACUGUGGGUGAUACAGUGAAUGUUACCGUAGAAAUGGAACGUGAAAAUGAUUUGAAUGGAAUGGCUCCACCUGUAGUAGCACCCCUUUUUCCGCAGAAGCGGAAGGAAGAAGGGUGGUGGUUGGUUAUUGGGGAUCAUUCUUCUAAUGCAUUGUUUUCCAUAAAAAGGUUAACAGUCCAUCAGAAAGCAAAAAUGACGCUUGAUUUUACUGCAUUGGCAGUAGGGAAGAUGCAUUAUAAGCUAUACUUCAUUUGUGAUUCAUACCUAGGAGCUGACCAAGAAUUCGAUCUCAAAUUUCGUGUCGAAGAAACUGGACGUAGUCGAAAGCGAGUUCGUGACGAUGAGUGA